GGCUGUAGGCGCGGGCAGCCGCGGAGCGGGGCUGGCAGGCAGGGCGGUGGCGGCCGAGGUGAGGUGAGGGGCCGGUGGAAGAGUCGAGGACCUUCUGCCACUGGGGUCGGCGCGGAGCGGAACCCGCGGGAGGAGCGCGGGGCGGAGCAGAGCGGAGCGCGGCCCCGCCGCUGCCUGGAUGCCAGAGGCGUCUCGGGAGCCGGCGGCCGGCGGCACCCAGGAGGGCCCGGGGAAGGAGGAAGAGGCAGCAGAGGAGGAGGUGGAGGAGGACUCCGGGCGCGGAGGGGAGGAAGCAGACAGCGCUGGCCAUGGCCUCCAACUUUAACGAUAUAGUCAAACAGGGCUACGUGAAAAUUCGCAGCAGGAAGCUGGGGAUUUUCAGGCGAUGUUGGUUGGUUUUCAAGAAGGCUUCCAGUAAAGGACCCAGGAGGCUAGAAAAGUUUCCAGAUGAGAAGGCAGCAUAUUUCAGAAACUUCCACAAGGUAACCGAGCUGCACAAUAUCAAAAACAUAACUAGAUUGCCUCGAGAGACAAAGAAACAUGCAGUGGCGAUUAUCUUUCAUGAUGAGACGUCAAAGACAUUUGCGUGUGAGUCAGAACUAGAAGCAGAAGAAUGGUGCAAACAUCUUUGCAUGGAGUGUCUAGGAACCAGGCUUAAUGAUAUAAGUCUUGGAGAACCAGAUUUGCUUGCAGCUGGAGUCCAGAGAGAACAAAAUGAGAGAUUCAAUGUAUAUCUUAUGCCUACACCAAAUUUAGAUAUCUAUGGGGAAUGUACAAUGCAAAUCACACAUGAAAACAUCUAUCUCUGGGACAUCCACAAUGCCAAGGUCAAGCUGGUCAUGUGGCCUCUGAGCUCUUUGAGGAGAUACGGACGUGACUCAACAUGGUUCACAUUUGAAUCUGGAAGGAUGUGUGACACAGGAGAAGGGCUGUUCACCUUUCAGACACGAGAAGGAGAAAUGAUAUAUCAGAAAGUCCAUUCUGCAACGCUGGCAAUAGCAGAACAGCAUGAAAGAUUAAUGAUGGAGAUGGAGCAGAAGGCACGGCUCCAGACCAGUCUGUCUGAACCAAUGACAUUAUCCAAGUCGAUCUCACUUCCUCGUAGUGCAUACUGGCAUCAUAUCACCCGGCAGAACAGCGUUGGAGAAAUCUACAGUUUACAAGGUCAUAGCCUGGGCUCAACGAAGGUGUCCCGGGCACAGACAUUUCCCAGCUACCCCGCGGAGCAGGGUGAGGAGCACCAGCAGUCCCUCUCGCUGGCCAGCAGCUACACCUUCAGCUAUGGCUCGGGCCUCGUGCAAUGACAGCUGGGGCAGCCGGCCAAGAGAGACAGUCAAGCCUGGAACCUUCCGCCAGGGCCAGGGAGCAGUGUGCACCCUCCACACCCACAAUUGCCAUGAAAUCUGAGGCCUACCAGCUCCAGCCCGGCCACCAUGAAGAUGGGAAUCUGGAGAGGCAGCUUCCCUGAAGCAGAGGCUAAGUCUUUAUUUAUUUAUUUUGCCAUUCCUUCUGUCAAUAUGUUUAGGACAGAGAUGGUCGGGGCAGGGGGGGUGGGGGGGGGGGGAGGGCAAGCAUUCGUGUCGUAAGAAAGUGGUUGAAACAAAUGAAACUGUGUUGGUGUGAAGGAUUCUGCAUGACCAGAGAAGGCCCUGUCACAGGGCUCUGUCACGAUGUGCAUUUGACAUCAGAGUCUUCCUACCCAUCUCCAUCAGCAGGUCAGCCUAUCUUCACUGGUGUCAUGUUUAGGCCCUUGCUGUAGUCCCCUGACUCCAGCUGGAUUGAAUAAAAUGUUGCCAGUUAAACAAGCAGCGUAAGUACUGCAGGCAUUGCCUUCAGAGCCAAGCAGAUUCACUGACUGCCAUAGAGGGCCAGGUGGUUUUUUGAGUCAGGCUCCAAUAGAUACUGAAGGCAAACUGAUGGUGUUUGUUGAGAAUAUAAUUUGAUGUACUAAGAUAAAGUUAUUGCUUAUUGCAUAUCUUAAUUUUUCUAAAUUCCUGGGGCAUAAAUUCUUUUUUUUACUAAUGUGAGCAUAUGUCUCCUGAAUGCCCCUAAGAACUGCAAGUUUUCACGUGAGCAGCAAAGUCUCAACCUUAGGACUGCUAAGAAGUUUUACCAUUUGCAAAUUAUUUAAGUAACAGUGCCUGCAAGCAUAAUUUUAAAAAGCAAAAAAACUGUUCUUCAAGCAAAUAAACCUGGGCUGCCUCAUCCCUGGCUGGUGAUCUCCUGUUCCAUGACUGGGCCAGACAUGGUACAGAAGCUGAGCUCUGAUCCUGUCUCUCUGGUCAGCCUUUCUUUGGUUUUCUCUGUUUCCUUCUCAGAUUUCUGAUUUAGAUGCACAUUGUACCUUGUAUGAACUGAUGUAUGCAUCAGUUUACUUUGAAAAGGAUGAUGAGUACAUCUUAAUGGAAAUUUUCUGUCUUUGGAAGAUGUCUUUCAAAAGUGAAUUGUAGUAGGUGUUUUGUAAUUGGUAAUGAGCGAAUAAGUUGGAAGGCAUACCUGUAGGUGGGGAACAAGUUUUGUCUAUCAUGAAUAUUUAGAUUUUUGUAGGUGAUAUCAAAUAUGUAUGUACUUCUCACGAUGCCCUGAAAUGUGUGAAAAUGUGGGGAGAAAAAAUCAGCUCUCUUGUUAUCACACGAGCAGGCCUUGCGUUCUGUUCCCGGUGUGAAACCGAUUGCCAUGAUUACCAGUUGUUUCUCAGGACAUGUCAAGGAAGCAUAUCAAGGACAAGACACAUAUACUCUAUUCCAAUUAAACAAUCAGUUUUAUGUACUAUAAUUUAACUGAAAAAGUGCUGUCAGGUUGUUUUAUAUAUACACAUCUAUAUAUAUGUAUUAAAAAGUAUAAAAGAAACUUCUGCUUUAGAUUAAACUUUUACUGAUACAGUAUGUCCAGCUUUUCUCCAACCAUUUUACAGACUAAGAGACUUUGCAGACUUAAAGCUUUCUACACCUCAGUGAACAGCUGCUGAAUAAAAAGGCUUUGUGAUCCGCUUGAAUGAAACACUUCUCCCCCACCACAAUCAACUUUAUUUAUUUUUCCUCUCUUUUCCUCUCUCAUUCACUACCUCUUCUCCUUCUCACAGUGCUGCCAUACUCAGGAAUAGAAUGGCUCCCUACAGAGAAUAUUUUGAUGAAAUAAAAUGAAAAACUGCUCUCCCACGCUGUCAGGGAGCUACACCUGUGGUGCUCCCUGAGCUUUACCCAUCAAGGAAGCUUCAUUCACACUCAAGUUUAAGAAAAUUUUUGUUGACAUUUUGCUUUGGGAAAAAAUCAAGUUUACAAAUGUUACAUGAGAAAUGUGAUACAAAAGGAUAAAUGCUGGUAUAAUUCUGUUAAUCCAGGAACCUUUGCCAAAUAUAUGCCUUUGGAGGAACUGGCCAAUUAUUUUUAUUUCUACUCAACUCUGAUUCUUUCAUUUGCCCUAAAAACAUUUAUUUUCUUUAAUUCCUUAGAUGACAUUUCCAGUACCUUCUGCGUUUUUUUAUGCCGUAUCCAUGCAACUAUUUUCCUCUGUGACUUGAAACCAGUCAUUUAAUACUUUUAUAUUUUCCAUAGCGCCAAAAAGGAAAAAGGCAAAAUAGAAUUGUUAUCAGAACUCCUUUGUAGACCCAGCGUCCCUAUAUUUUCAGAAUCUAAAUUCUAAAGCUAGUGCUUUAGCUGUGUUUGGAUAACAUCAGACCUAUAUAGUGCACACUUUCCAUUGCUUGCAAAAAGGUUCCCAGCUCUCAUAGGUGAUUUUGUCUUCCUCUAUAGUGCCUGAAUAUUGCCUCAUUAGUGAAAAUGUAGAUGCUAUUUCAAAAAAUAUAUAUUAAACAUGUUGGCUACAUAAAGGAGUUUUACUAAAUAUUUUCCUUUCAUUACAUAAUGCAACUGCCCUCUCAAAGCAUAUGUUUAUAAAUAUCUAUGAUAUUUUAUCUAGUAGCAACAGACAGAAAAUGAACUCCAGGGCAAAGCUCAAGAAUGCUAUCAACAAAAGCAAAGCUGACCUCUUCAGAACCUAUUUCUCACAGACAGUAAGCACAAGCACGCUGGAAGUUGAAGAUUAGAAUACAACUUCACAAUGUACUGCAACGCAGUCAAAGAAAACUGGGUACCUGAAGCACAAAGGUAUUCUGUAUCUAGUGGCAUUUACCAUUAGUGCCACUCCAGAACAGCAGAUGAUACCAUUGUAACAUGUGUAUUUGUCCAGCUUCCAAAAUUGUUCCUCAGGAAAGCUUCAUGAGAACCAGGCAGGUGCUAGGCCAACAGUUUGCCAGAAAUUUGUUUUCAUGGAAUUGCUUUGAUUCCUGGCAUAUGCCUGUCAAUAACCUAAGUGAUUCCCCACUGAGACAAGUUUGGACAGCUCCUAGUGGUUCCGCCAGAAGGAAAGCUCUCUUUUGGCACACGUGGUAGAGCUGCCUGCCUAGAGACUACAAGGGGCUAUAGAUAGGCCCAGGGGCACUACUGGCCCCUGUUCAAGUCUCGGCUGUCCUCAUGUGCAAGGCACACGGGUAAUAUGUUGUCUUCUCACCUGAGAGGAGCUCUCUGUUUUCAGCCAGGGAGCUGACAGGAACAAGAGGGCAACACCAUGUCUUCAGUGGUAGCCAGGUACAACUGGCAAAAAGGGAACUUUGCAUCAGUACUUUACAAAAUGUUAAAAUUAAUGUAAGGCGAUUAUUUUCAUUGCAGUUCUGAGGAAAUGUGAAAAAUAAAUAGCUGUAAGUAUGACUUUUUUUUUUUUAAAGACCUUUACUCUGACUGCAUUCAUCCCUAUAAACAAAUAACACGCAGCAUUGCUAAAUAUAGUUACCAAUACCUCUUAACUGACUAUUAUGGAUUGAUGCAUGCUAUUAUUUUUGAUUUUGAAGUCACUUGGUGUAGAAAAGGAGAAAUUGAAGGAGCCUGGUAAUAAAUCAUAAAAUAGUGCUAAGGUACUUAAGUAGCCACAUUUUUUAAAUGGUUACAUUUUAUUAUUAAUAGUUUAAAUCAUUUGUGAGUAUGGUCUAUUGGAAUAAAUUUGCCUACUGAUGUAGAGGAAUAAGAAAGAAGGAUGUCUUAUACCAUGGAGUUUUCUGCCUUACUGAAUAAAUAUUCAGGCUCUGCUUUCUAUGGUGGACUCUGCAGGUCCUCACAUGUAACCAGCUUAUGCAAAAUUCUUUUUUUUUUCCCCCUAAAGCUAGCAAAUAAAGCUUGGAAACAUAUCGACAAACCAAAGAAGUUUGUUAGACAGCAACAAGAGCUGCUCUCUUUCAUUUUGUCAAAAGUCUGUUUCAGUAACGUCAAAAGCAUUUUCAGAAAAUACUUCAUUUCACAAGUGAAUAGAAGUCCUUAUGGGUAGUAGGAAACACAUUUCUAAUCAAGCCUUGUUGUAAACUUAUAAGACUGUGCUGGAAGAGGGGCUGAAAUUACCUGAGGUCAGAGAUCUUUUGAAGUACUCUCUAUAGCAAUAAUUUAUUGCAUGCAUACAGCCUGCAGUAAUGUAUAGCAUGCAUACAGCCUGUGGCACCCACUUAUUUAGGAGUUGCUAAGUGCAGGCAGACUGUGAAAACCUUCACCUGUUCAUGGCAAACAGGAAAAAAAGAGCAUUAGUCAGAUCUCUUUAUUGCAUUUAUCAGAAAAGGAAUGAACUUCAUGCUUGUUCAGCUCUUGCUCUCUAGUGUAAUAGGCAGUACCAUGAGGAGUAGUGAUUUUUGAGCUAUUUGAUCUCUAGAAAAAAAUCAUCAGCCUGUAGCAUAUAAACCUCUACUCAGACUUAGCUCACCAGCCACAUUCAUUAAUUUUCAAUUGGUAACCUAGAAACUGCAGGAUGGUUUUUCAUGACAAAAUAUAAGUCUCUUAAAUGGCUGUGCUCUCUAGCAUGAAAUACAGUGUUAUUUAUUUACUACUGUUUCUUCCUCAAAAGAAAUGAGGAACGUGUUCCAAUUAAUCUGUCUAUUAGGGUAUAAUAUCGGUGUAUUUAUCUCCUUUUAUACCUGAUGAAAAUAAAUACACGUGGCUUUUAUCCACAUACAAAGUAGUGUGAAGAAAGUGUGGAAAGUUCCUUGAUUAUAGGAACAGAUCCAACAACAUUGGAACAUUUCAUUUUUCCAAACAUCAUCUGAGUAUUUGUGACUCUUUCCAAACAGCUUGUUUCACAACUUGAAUAUAUUAGAACCCUUUACUUUUCCCCACUGACAACUGGUUAGAGCUAUGCUUUGUUAGCAGAAGGUAAUAACUGUGCACACCACUGAGGUGGCAAAACAUUAAAAUCAAAGGGUAUGAGGUUUGAUAUAUUAAUUAUGAAAAUGCAAAGUCUUGAAAAAACUCCAUAAAGGGUGCUGUGUUCUUGAUAUUCUAAAUAAACGCUCUUCGCUUUUGAUUUUAGAUUAAGGUAUGUGUCAUCCUGGAAACAUGUGCAGGCACACGGUGAUAUAAAAGUCAAAGGACAUUGUCAAACUGGUUGUAGCAAAUGGAAGUCUGUCCAUUCCCAUGCCCUUACAGGACAGUGAAAGGUGACAGGUGAAGAUGGUGUGUAUUCAGCAACUAUUGAAGUGGCAUGUGCUUUGAAACUUAAAUAUUACAAUCCAAAGGUGAAGAGUUUCUCCUAAAGAAAAUGGAGGUUCCACUUUGCAAAUAUACUUUUAGCAUUGUCACAUGAAUACGCAGUUUGAUGGAUUUUUAUGGAUAUGGUUAAAAUACAUAUGAAAGGACGUAAUAUUUAAGCACAAUGAAUUAGAAUUAAAACAUUUUAAAAUGUCGAUAUGAUAUGAUUGUUGCAAGUUGUAAUGGAGAAGAAAAUUCCUUUUUAAGUAAAUGAAAGCUCAAAAUUCAAUAUGCUACUUAAGAUGAAGGAGUUAAUCUUUUUAAAACCAAUGAAAGUCCCAAGGAGGAGUUAAGGUUUCAUUUUUUUCCUUGAGUACAGAAAUCCUCAUGAGGUUCAACAGAUUUACCUCAUUUUGUUCUUAUAGUCCUGAGACUGUCAAGAGAAUGGAUGCAUUUCACAGUAGUGGUUUUUUUUUUUCUAUAACAGUAUUUGACAUGACUGAAGUUAACCCUUGUUUUUAAUAUGGGCUGCAUGUUGUUUUCAAUCUUUUUAUGAUUGUAUGACAGCAAGACUGCAGCAUACAUAGAAAACAGCACAAAAUUAAUCAAGUGACUUGGCAAUUUGAUACCAAUAACAAAAAUAAAGGUUUCAGUUAAACGUUUAUUUUUAUUGUGGCUCUUAUAUCUAAAACAGAAAAAAAAUAUACCUAAAAUAGAGCUGUCCUCAUUGAUGUUAAUUGUUGCAUUUCUUGAGUUUCUGUAGAUGACAGGCUGUGACAGGAGAUAUUUAUGUUCUUGGACUGCCUUUUGUAAGUUGAACUGAUUUAAGAUGGUUACAAGGAAAAAUCAGACAACACAGAAAAAAUCUAUUAUGAUUUUCUACUCAAAUAUGACAUAUGUUCUCUCUUUUUCACUCUUUUUCACUGCUUUGAGGUUUUUUCCUUCUUUGAAAAACACUAUUUUAGAAAGAAAGAUUCUGAAAUCUAAUGAAAAUUGUAAGAAAUGAACAAAAAAUAGUAAUAAUUAAAAACAAAGCUGUAACCUUUAAAAAGAUUGGGAGAAUUUAGUAGAAUUUUAGCACAUAGCAGUGGGUCAUGUUGAGUGCAGUACAGCUUUCCAGAACAUUCAACUUCUGAUUUUAUCAAAGCUGGGAACAAUAUUUUGUGUUUAAUGCAACUUGCAGCUCUAUGAUGCUCUAUAGAAUAGGCUUAGAAGUGCUCAGUCCAUUUUCCCUAACAGGAAUGGAAGAGCCAAGAGCCCAGCUUAAGUGCAUUAUGCAAUCUAGUGCUCAAAAGAUAUGCACAAUGCAUCAUAAUUGUUAGUAUACAAUUCUGCAGCCAGAUAUUGCUAAAAAUACGACAAGAGUAUUUGAGAGCUGAUCAGAUUUGUGAUAAUAGCAGCAGUGUUUGCAUUUAUGAUGCCUAAAAAUAUGUACACGGGUGUUCCCAUUUAUGUUUCCAAUUAUAAUCCAACAAAGUUCUGUGAGAAAAUUCCUCCCUUAAUACAAUUUUUGUGUAAGUUAUGGAAAUUUAGGAUCAACUAAUAGAUGUCUACUUCAGACAGUUUGCUUUUUUCAGAGAAAGAUAAAAAGGAAAAGAUACUGUGUAUUUAUGUGACUGUAUCUUAGCAUGAUAAGCUGUUUAUCAUUUAAAUCAUGUUAGAAAACUUACUGCUUCAUAAGAUCAAUGAUUUAUUUACUGUAACAUUGUAAUUAAACUGUUAAGAAAAGUGAUAAAUCUCCGUCAGAAUCACCAAGAUACAUUUUUCAAAAACUACAUAAUUACUGUUUUAAGUAAGCAUAAAAUUAGAAGAAAAAUGUCAGACAGAGCUAGAAAUUUAUUUUAGUUAAUUUAUCUAUUUGUACUGGCUAACAGUGUUGAUGUGGAGCUAAUAAAUACUAGUCUUUUGAAACUUGCUGUAAAUAACUUUCUAUAUUUCCUCUGUAAUUUCUCGCUUGACCCUUAUGUUCCAGGCACAGGCAGUAAGGUAAAACUUCACCUUUGUAAUUCAACAGAGCAGUGACACAGUGGCAUGGUGGCAGUCUGCUCCAGUAACCUAUCUGCCUCACAUAGCUGAUGGUAUCUUGAUAAACUUGAGGCUCUCUUAUAUCAAAGGAAGUGUUCACAAACUUCCUAUGUAUUUGUCCUAUGGUUAUCCAUGUUCUCACCCUUUUCUCAUCAGUCAUUAUUCUGUAAGGAAGGACUAGAAUGGAGAAAACAAAGCAUUAAGAGAGAAAGCAAAAAUGAGAAUGUUCUUGCUGGAGGAGUGCCCUACUAAGUCCUGUGAGCCCACUUCUGGCUCUUCUUAGUCCUUAAAGCAUGAGUUGUUUCUGCACAGGAGCCCAGCUUCAAGAGGGAGAGUAGGAUGGGGUGUGUCUGCCACAGAGUACAGUAAAAACUUAGCUAAGGUCUUUCAUUCCCUGACUGAUUUGGUAUGCACGAAGCUGUAUGAAACAGCUAUGGUGGCAGAAACAUCCGGGAUGUCAUUUACCAGUGAAAAGCCCGAUGAGUCUCAGUGCUUUGAAGACAACUGUGUGGCCUCAGGGUGGGACCCUUUGAACUAAAUGUCAAAGGGAAAGUGGCCACCCUGACACCCCACGUAUACUCUGACAUCACAUCCCAGCAUUGCGUACCCAUGGAGACACAUCUUGUCCUCAGCAGUCCUGUGCUCUAGUCCAGUUCCUCAGGAAUGUGUGAAUAUUUGAAAUGUCUGUUGAACUGCUGUACUUUCACAUUAAAUAAUGCAGUCUGUGAAGCUGAUGUGCAGUUUCUACUCCUGGAGUCUACAGCCUAUCUUGUAGGCAGGAUUUGGAACUAACCCUUAGUAUCAGACAUACAGAGCUGUUUAGGGGAUUAACUUCUAUUGAGCAUUUGGACUUUAAAGGAAAUAAGCCUUCUUCCACUUGUGCUGGGGAGUACUCACUGAGGCAGUGUUAGCUGGUGUAAAUAAGUACAAUUGGUUUGAACUUUUACAUAGCUCAGUGACACAGAAGGUUUAAAGAAACAUGAUGUGUAGAUAAAAACGAAAAUAAACAGAGCCCUGAAUCCCAAAGGUAUUUAUGGUUACACGCACACACAAACAAAUAAACAAACAAACAAGCAAAAAUCAAUUUGAUACUGAGAUCAGUCUUUGGAAAUCUUUUCUUUUUCUGAAGUCUGUUUCCUGAUUUGAAUCUUUCAAAAAGCCACCUACCUAUGAUCAAACCAAGAUCCAAAGAGCAGGUGGUUGAUUUGCUUGUGUAGCACAGUUGUUAAAACUUAUUAUUUCUGACAGACAUUACAAAACUUAAGGUACCUCAUGGAAAUUUAGAGCAGGUGAGAUUGGAUGGAGGAUUAAGUGUUAGACUACUCUUCCUGAAGUUGGAUAUUGUAGGAUGUUCUCCCAUUCCUCACUGGAUCCAGACCUUGUAGCAAAAUGCUUCCUAACCAUACACUGGUAAUCCAAGGAUGCACAGCCAAGGAAGAUGAAAAGACAAGCAGAACAGUCACUGUCAUGAAUAUAUUACAGGGUCAGGGAAGCUUUUAAAGGUAUAGGGACAUAUUUGAGAUAAAGAAAGGAAGAUGUGGUGACAAGAGGUGAUAUAGUAUCUUAAUGUUCUAACUUGCACCGUCUUUCAUAGACAGUGGGUUUAGUAUUCUCCUCGUUGGUCCAAAGCCUGGUGACUGACUGUUUUACAUUAAAAUAAAUAAAAUAAUAAAUGUCUACUUCAGACUGUUUUAUUUCAGAGACAGAAUUGAAAUGUUUUCUUUUCUCUGAUUUCUUUUUUAAAAAUUGUACGUGUUUAAGCUCUUCAAAGGCUUAGUAUUUCUAUUAAUCUAAAUGGUACUAAAAGUAACAAAAAUUGAAUUUUCCUUUGUACACAAGGCUUAAACAGCUGCCUUUUUCACCCAGCCUAAACCAUGAUUGCAAAAUAUGAUUUUUUUUUUAUUAUGGAAAAGAAGUCCAGAUUUCCUUUUCUUAAAAUCUCAUAUGUUCAUUUUCCUGUUGCACAGAAGGUAGUUACCCAGUGACUCAAGACACUCUUCUUUAAUGGAAAAAUGCUUUAUUAUCUUUAUUUCCUUUCAGUAGCGUUUCUAAGGCUUUAAAACAACAAAAAAGACAGUUGAGAUAGUGUUCUGAGCUAUCUGCUAUCCAUAGCCGUGCCAUGUUUCUUCCUUGAUUUUUUUCUCUCUUUUAACUAUUUAAGCAAGUAAUACAGGAUUAAAUAGCACAGUAACUGUUCAAGAUGAAAUUUCAAAGUUACAGCUGAUCAAUUUUACACCCCCCCCCCAAAAAAAAAAAUAA